CGUCAGCCCUCAAAAUCAAAAACUACUGGGAAACUUGAGUCACAUCAUCUUUUGGAUUCUGGACGGCAGAACUGGUAUGAGGAUCUGACUCACACUGACUUUCUCUUCCACAUCCCAUCUUUAAUGCAUUUAAUAAACCACAUAACUGAGCGGAUAAACUUGGCAAUGGCAUACAACAAAUUGUUUAUCGUUGUCCUACUUUUUCUUUUUGACCUGGCCGUGGCACUCACAGAGAGCACUGUGUCUUGCUACAAGAUUGAGCCAGGGACAAUAGCAGGCAUCAUCUGUGCAGAUUUGUUGCUGACCCUCAUCAUUGUCAUUGUCACUUACCGAUGUGCCAGCUUUCGACGUCAGAAGAUAGAUAAUGCUGACAAAGUGUAUAUGAAUGUCCGGGCCAACUGCAAGAGCUAAUCUAAAGAUGGUGUGAUACACUGUGAAAUCAUGUGAAUUGUUUGAGGUCCUAUUUUUUCAUGUUGUAAAAGAGGGAUUUGUUAAAUGUCUGCUUAGUAAUAGUUCAUUGCACAUACAAUAAACACAGUCAUACCUCUUAUGUGACAAAAAAGUAUUUUAGUAUUACAUACAAUGCAUUGGAUCUACAACAGUUUUAGUGUCCUAUAUAAAAGCUUCAGAGCACUUUAUUAAGAGUCUUUAAUAUUUACUCACAGUGUGCUUGUGCUCUUCAGCCAUGUACAUUAUUAUUAUAGUUAUUUUACAAAACCUAUAAAUAAGAGGUGUGUCAGACUCUUAACAGAAACUUAAAUCAAACUUACCAAUCUGAAUGCUUUCAAGUUUCUUAAAAUGGUGGAACUGUAACUACCCCGUACAGCACCCCCUUCAGUUAACUUUUGGUAGCAAAAUAUAUAUACUGAAACUUGUAACAGGACCUCAAGAUUGUUUUACAUACAUGUUUUACUAUUUGAAAAACCACUGAGUUGGCAAUGUAUAAAGAAAAAUGUUGAUAAAAUUGAAUUUUCAGCUUUAGCACAUUAAUAAAAUAAGUCUGUCCAUGUCA